AUGCAUGCAUUGGGUCAGUGUCUUCCUGAUCAAAAGUCUGUGCUUCUCCAGAUACGAACUCAAAUCACUUACAAUUCUUCGGAAUCCACCAAGUUGGUGCUGUGGGAUGAAGGAGCUGACUGCUGCCUAUGGCCAGGUCUGAGUUGCAAUGCUGCUGGAUAUAUUACAAGCCUUGACCUCAGCUACGAUGAGUCAAUCACGGGUGGCUUCAAUGUUUCUCUCUUGUAUAAACUGCCAUCACUUUCUGUUAUUAGGCUUGAUGGGGUCAAGUUCUCUGCUCCAUUUCCAGACUUCUUCACGGAUUUCACCAAUCUGACUAUUUUGAGCUUGAAAAAUUGCAACUUCAGUGGAACAGUCCCUCACAAAGUAUUCCAGGUACCAACUCUGCAAACCAUUGACUUGAGUUUCAAUCACAUGCUUGGGGGUUCUUUGCCAGACUUCCCCAAAAAUGGAUUCCUUCAAAGUCUCAUACUUCAUUAUACAAAUUUUUCUGGGAACUUACCCGAGUCCAUAGGAAACCUCAGACUGCUGUCGCAUAUUGACCUUGCAUAUUGUGAUUUUAGUGGACCAAUCCCUGCUUCUUUUAUGAAGCUUAGCAAGCUUGUUGAGCUCAGCUUGUCCGGAAAUUCACUUUCAGGACCCAUUCCAGCAUCACUAUUUUUCCUGCCAUCACUUCAAACCUUAUCUCUGAGUGGAAACAAACUUUCUGGUCAUAUAAAUGAAUUGCAAAAUAUCUUUCAUCAAACAAAUUUUUUGGUCGUUUGA